AUGGCUGGACUACUCAACAAGGUCAAGCAGGUCCUUCACAAGGACGAGACACCUGGCUCAACCACACAUGACACCACUCACGAUGCCACCCACGGCACCCACGGCACCGCCUCCGACGCAACCACUCACGGUACACCCGGAAACCUCACCCAUGGCUCUCACGGCACAACCAACGACCCCACUCACAACUCUCACCUCGCCAACGAGGCCGACCCCCGUGUCGACUCUGACCGUGUAGGUACAACCGGCGGUUUUGGAAACCAGUCGACUGGAGUGACCGGUCACUCGACCACAGGUGGACUUGGAAGCCAUUCCACCACUGGCCACCACAGCGACCCCAACGGUCCCCACGACUCCAGUCUCGCGAACAAGGCCGAUCCUCGCGUCGACUCAGACCAUUCCCGAACAGGAGAACACAUCAAGGCUCAAGGCGUCGGAAACCCCAACGCCGUUGAAGGUGGCAUCCCGCAUGCAUUGGUCGAGGACCGCUCAAGCUUCCAGACCAGCCGUGGCACCGAACCCGGCAGCAUCAGCGACCUUGCCGGCGGCAACACCCACAGCUCGACUGGCGGUCUCGGUAGCCAUGGCACCCACGGCUCAACUGGCGUCGGCAGCGGUCUUGGACACGGCCACAACGACCCCACUGGUCCUCACAGCUCUCACCUCGCCAACCAGGCCGAUCCCCGCGUCGACUCUGACCGCGUAGGCGGAGCUGGAAACACUGCUGGCGCUGGUGGAUACGGCACCACCGGUCUUGGUAACACCCACGGCUCAACUGGUCUCGGUAGCCACAACACUCACGACUCCACUGGUCUCGGUAGCCACGGCACUCACGGCUCGACUGGCCUUGGAAGCCAUGGCACACAUGAUUCCACUGGUCUCGGUAGCCGUGGCACUCACGAUUCCACUGGCCUUGGUGGCCGUGACACUUACGACUCCACCGGCCUCGGUAGCAACACCUCAACUGGUCUUGGAAGCCACGGUACUCACGGCUCGACCGGCAUUGGAAGCCAUGAGCACCACGACCACCACCACACUCACGGCACUCACGGCUCCCACGACGCUUUCGCAGGACGGGAGCUUGAGGGUCCUCACGUUACCCACACAGCCAAUGCUCUCGACCCCCACGUCAGCAGCGGACACCAGCACGGGUCUGCUUUUGCAGGCCAGCCCAUCGGAACCGGCCUCGCGGCUAGCCAGGGCAUGGCCCCUACCCACACCAGCGGUCUUGGACACAGCCACAACGACCCCACUGGUCCCCACAGCUCUCACCUUGCCAACCAGGCCGAUCCCCGUGUCGACUCUGACCGCAUUGGCUCAGCUGGAAACUACAACGGUAACAACUCUGCUACCGGUAUCGGUGGUGCUCAGGCUGGCCAAGGAAUUGCUGGUACUCACGCUGGUCAAGGUCUUGGUAACACGCACGAGCAAGGCUACGGAUCUGGUGCAAACACAACCGCUGGCCCGCACAACAGCAACAUGCUGAACAAGAUGGACCCCAGGGUUGAUUCUGACCUCGACGGCGGCAAGACCUACGGUGGCAACAAGACCUACCAGUAA